AUGAUAUCCGGCAUUGGCCCUGUCGCAUCGUGGCGACUUUCUGUAAUUGUCGCUGCUUUGCUGACCUGCCUAGUACACGCAAGCCCAUCAGUCAAUGUUGCUUUAGAAGCUUCAUUUGACUCGGCACCCUAUCUCAUAGAGCUUCUAGAAACCGCCGCUGAAGAAAACGCAACUGCUUAUUUCCCACUGCUGGACCGCAUCGCCGAUGGAGCCUUCGAUGAUGUUGUGACUGACAAAGAAGUAUAUGAUCGUUUUCUACAGGUUGUACAUGAGGAUGGUUACCUGAGAACUCCUGAAAGCCUUUCGUCGUUUAAACUCUCCUUGGCAAUUCGCUCGACGAGCCCCCGAAUCGCGGCCCAUUAUCAAUACUAUAAUGCUUCCGUACAACAUUCUUUGAUGGCAGCGCAGGACGCAGCCUGCCCGGUAUGGGUACACUCAGAUGGCAAACAGUACUGCUCCUCGACCAUGGAGCGUGCUCAGCAGGAUGUUUCUGGAGAUUUGGACCUGCGAGAGCUCCAGUUUGAUAGAGUCCUGGGUGAUACGUCGUUGCCACCGGCCGUCUUGUAUGCGGAUGUGGCAUCUCCAAUGUUCAAGGAGUUCCACCAGACGCUGAGUGCUUUGGUAAAGGAAGGGCAGAUUUCGUACCGAGUACGCUAUCGGCCACCUCAGCACUGGAGCCCUCGACCUCUUUAUGUAUCCGGCUAUGGUGUUGAGCUUGCGUUAAAGCGAACCGACUAUAUUGUGAUCGACGACCGAGACGCUGGACAGAAAGAACGCAGAAAUGAGGCCAACAAAGUAGGCGAUUUGGAAGAGGACGCCCCAGAUGAUCUUCGGCCACUAUCCUCGUCUGAAGUAUCACGGCUAGGUGUGAACACUGUUAGCUACGUGAUGGACAGCAACAAUCCUCUGGGUACACUUGUGAAGCUCUCGCAGGAUUUUCCCAAAUACUCGGCUAAAAUAGCAGCUCAUAAUGCCACCACCAAGCUUUUGCAAGACAUCCGCUCUAGUCGACUGGGAAUGCUUCCAUCUGGAGUUAACGUUAUGUGGAUUAACGGGGUCCAAAUGGAUCCUCGGAAGAUUGAUGCAUACUCUCUGCUGGACCAUCUACGUCGUGAAAGAAGAUUAAUAGAGAAGUUCAGAGAUCUGGGAAUCUCCGCGCAGGAGGCUGUAGACCUCCUGUCUCACAAGCUUCUUGGGGAGUCUUUGGAACAGGAUGCACCUCAGCGUUACAAUUACCGGGAUGAAAUUGAAGGUGGUGGGGUCCUCAUAUGGCUGAACGACCUUGAAAAGGAUGCCAAGUAUGACUCUUGGCCAGGCGAAUUAGGGGCAUUCCUGCGGCCUACAUUCCCAGGUCAACUUCCGCAAGUCCGCCGCGAUGCGCACAACAUCGUUGUCCCAGUAGACUUGACUGAUGCUGAAGAUAUGAACUUUGUAGUCAAGACAAUCCAGGUGUUUGUAAAGAGAAAGAUACCUGUGAGGUUUGGCUUAGUCCCUAUUGCAUCUUCUCCUGGAUCUACGGCUCAACUUAAAGUCGCACAUUACCUCCAAGAGACCUUCGGUCUGGCAAGCUUGAUUCAAUACCUCGAGGAGUCUUUGUCUGCAAACAAAAUCGCAUCUCCAGAUAAAACAUCCUUCCAAGCUGCAACCAAAGAGCGGAAAGCCCGUGCUGAUAGAAGUGCCUUGUCGCUCGAAGAGAUUCAGAAACAUGGAGAGCUCGCUAAGACAGUGUCUCGUACAGUUAGUUAUCAGAAUCGUCUCCAGAUUACAGGUGGAUCAUCGUUAAUGUUCAUCAACGGUGUCCCAGUAGUCCGGGAUGAUAAUUGGGUGCAAGAGAUGAGCAACAGGGUGGGCAAAGACCUGCAGUCACUCCAGCAAGGAAUCAUGGACAAUGCUUUUGAGGAAGACACGUGGCUACCAGGGGUUUUCCUUUCCCAGGCCUUCGAUCGUCGCAACCCCUGGGUGAUCCCCGAGGAUCCAAAGGAUAUCCGGGUUAUUGAUCUAGCUAAGGUGUCGGAGUCGCAGAAAGGAGGGCUGGAUGUGCUCCCGCGCAUUACCUCUGACAAAGAUAAUGCUCUCGAUAGCGUUCAUAUGAUUGUCAUUGGUGAUUUUGACUCCGAAAGCGGUGCCAAGCUGCUCACUGCAGCGUUGGAGAGCCGGCAAAAGCAUAGUGACGUUGAGAUCCUCUUCCUUCACAACCCAGCCCAUGUGCCUAGUGCAAGUGGAUCCAUAGCUCUCUAUCAUUUACUAAAGGAAAGCCAAAAUGUGGAUGUCACACAGGUCUUGGCUGAUAUUGGGUCUUCUGGUGCCUCUGUGCCAGCCCAUAAAGAAGCAGAGAUUGCUCAUUUUUGGGCGUUACAGCAGCCAUUGGCUGGCGAGCUUGGUUUUGCUCCCGGAGUAAGCGGUGUUGUCAUCAAUGGCAGAGUAGUUGGACCUAUACCGGGUGAUUAUACGGUGGUGCCGGAUGAUUUUGAUCAGCUUUUGAUAUAUGAGCACACAAAGCGCAUAGAUCCUGUUGCGAAAGCUGUCAAGGACCUCGCGAUUGGCUCAAAGCUUUCUGGGCCUUUAGCUUUUGCUAAACUUACUUCUCUAGCUACUCUUUCGACUAUAUCUGAUGUCCCAGAGGGUAUUUUCGAAUCAACUUCGGACGCCCGAAUGAACCUGUUCGACAAGUGGAACGAUUCUCACUCGGUGGUAACCGUCUCCAAUUCUGAAGACCCGGCGAUCACGAUAGUCGCUUCUAUUGACCCGACGUCUGAAGUGGCCCAAAAAUGGCUACCAAUCUUGAAGGUACUUUCAGAGUUGGCAAGCGUCAGGCUUAGACUCUUCUUGAACGCCCGGGAAGAAAUACAGGAGCUUCCAAUUAAGCGCUUCUACCGCUACGUCUUGGAUCCGGAACCCUCUUUUUCCAACGAUGGCGCUGUAUUAAGACCUGGUGCCUCUUUCUCAGGUGUGCCGGUUGAGGCAUUGCUUACCCUGGGCAUGGAUGUCCCAUCGUCUUGGCUUGUAGCACCCAAGGACUCCGUUCACGAUCUCGAUAACAUCAAGUUGAGUUCCUUGAAGGCAGGAUCUGAUGUUGAUGCUAUUUAUGCAUUAGAGCACAUCUUGAUAGAAGGCCACUCGCGGGACUUGACUACAAAGACUCCACCAAGGGGGGUUCAGCUAGCUCUUGGUACCCAGGAGAACCCGUACUUUGCUGACACUAUCAUCAUGGCCAACCUAGGCUACUUCCAGUUCAAAGCUCAACCAGGAUUGUGGCAGAUAAAUCUGAAACCUGGUCGCAGCGAACGGAUCUUCAAGCUCGACAGCGUUGGUGGCAUGGGUUACGCUCCACAACCCGGUGAUGAGAACAAUGAAGUAGCACUCCUUUCCUUCCAGGGUAAAACCCUUUUCCCUCGCUUAUCGCGAAAGAAGGGCCAUGAGUCCGAAGAUGUAUUGGACACAAAUUCUAAGCCUGGAUCUGCCAUGGACUACGUGUCUAAGGGGCUCAGUUUUGCCUCCGGGAUCCUAUCGAGCGUUGGAGCCGGCUCUAAGCUUAGUACUACCGAAAAGCAAGCCGACAUCAACAUCUUUUCAGUGGCAAGCGGCCAUCUAUACGAACGAAUGCUGAAUAUCAUGAUGGUAUCAGUGAUGCGGAAUACCAAGCAUUCCGUCAAGUUCUGGUUCAUCGAGCAAUUCCUCUCGCCUUCCUUCAAGUCUUUCCUCCCCCACCUAGCCAAAGAAUACGGCUUCUCCUACGAAAUGGUCACCUUUAAAUGGCCACACUGGCUCCGCGCCCAGCGUGAAAAGCAGCGCGAGAUCUGGGGCUAUAAGAUCCUCUUCCUAGACGUUCUCUUCCCCCUUUCUUUGGAGAAGGUCAUCUUCGUCGACGCAGACCAAGUCGUCCGCACAGACAUGUACGACCUCGUCAACUUAGACCUAGAAGGCGCUCCUUACGGCUUCACACCCAUGUGCGAUUCGCGCCAUGAAAUGGAAGGCUUCCGCUUCUGGAAACAAGGUUACUGGAAGAACUUCCUCCGCGGCCAACCCUAUCACAUUUCCGCCCUUUACGUGGUCGACCUGAGCCGAUUCCGUGCUCUGGCUGCCGGCGACCGUCUCCGUGGUCAAUACCAGAUGCUCUCUGCUGACCCCAACAGCUUGAGUAAUCUUGACCAAGACCUACCGAAUCAUAUGCAACACCAAAUCCCGAUCAAGAGUCUGCCGCAGGAGUGGCUGUGGUGUGAGACCUGGUGUUCCGAUGAGUCUUUGGGCCAGGCGAGAACGAUUGAUUUAUGCAAUAACCCGCAGACUAAGGAGCCUAAGCUCGAUAGGGCGAGACGGCAAGUCCCCGAGUGGACUGAGUAUGACGGGGAGAUUGCUGCGUUGGUGGAGAAGGUUUCUUUAGAGCAGCAACAGAGUGAAGAAGUGCAGCCUGACGAUGAGGAAGAUGAGGAAUGGACAAAGGAUGAGUUGUAG